CAUUUUUAACGGCGACUACAUAUGUUAACGGCGUCUACAGCAUCUCUCAGGCUUGCCGUUUUUGCUUCCGUUCCCGUCAGCUGGUUUAUCAUUUUCCCGGCGACUGAUCGGCGCGGCGAUUCUGCCGUGGCCGAUGGCUCCAGUGGUUCCUCAGUGUCAAAGGAGGUGUCCCCGGACACGUCCAAUAUACGGGGUGCGAAGCGGUGGAGCAUCAAUGGAUGCUGGUAUGGAAUUCCUUCUAUUGUCAUCUUCUCAUUCUCGGUAUAUUGUGCAGGUUCUGUAUGCGAUCUAUUCUCAAUCUUAUGUUUGCUGUCAUCUUUGGUUCAAGUCAGCCACCAUUGUUCUCUACAAGCAGACACCAAUGGUUGAGAUCCUGUGUUGGAAUCGCUGGAGGCUUUACCACUAGAAGUCACAGAGGAUGCAGAGACAUGACUUGAAAGUUUCUACGCAUUAGGAAGAUGGGCAUGGCGAGUAUAGGGAUGUCUCUUACCCAUUUGUUACCAAUUCUUGCCAGCAAGAAAUGCAAUUGCUUUGUGGGGGUCUCUUGGGUGUUUUGGCACUUUGUUGACAUCCAGUGACACUAAUAAAGACUCUUUAUUAUGAUGAAAUGAUGAAGUUUAUCAUCCACUUUGAGAUAAAGAAGAAGCAGAGGGGAUUCAGGCUUUAGAAAAACAUACAGAUGAAUAACUUAAUGGUAUUUGUCAGGUAAUCCUUGUACUCGAUCACCUAAAACAUUAGAAUGGACUAAGGGUUAUAGUUUGUAUAUCUGUUAAUUCUGAGAAGCUGUUUUUAAUGGAAAUGAUUCUUGUUCUCUGUUUAUGAAAUCCAAUAAUUCUGGAAA